UAGCACUAUUUUAAAAAAGAAUUCCAAAAAUAGCACCCAGCUCUGAAAAAUUCCAAAAAUAACACCCUUUCUGCAAAACUGCCACCCGUACCAGCGGUUUAGGCGAAAACCGCCACCCGGAAGCUCGUUUUUCGAUGAAAACCGCACUGGUAGGGGGCGGUUUUGCAGACCGCACCCCCACCAUGCAGUCUGUUUUUUUUUUUUUUUGAAAAAUCCUAACCUAGGUGGAAACUUCAAACGAACGUAUCUUUGUGUUCGGGUAUCUGAUCGUCGCGAAUCUUUUUUUAUUUAUUUAUUCCGCAUAACCUUUUGAGAUCUUGCAAGUCGAAGACUGCCGAAGGUGGUUUGGUCCCGCCUUCGUCCCAAAAAAUGUCGUUUGCUACCCAGAACGAGCUUUUUUUCGAUUUCGUCAAACUUUGGACAACCAUAACUUUGUGCUCCAAAAUCCAAACAACAUGAAAAAAAAAUUAUUUCGCAUAAAUUUUUAAGGAAUACAACUUUUAUCAUAGACAUAAUUUCAAAAUGUACGUGGAUUGCUGAGAAGGGAAGGUAAGCUAUUCCCAAAAUCCUUUAUAUCCAAAAAUAAUUCCUGUUUUGAAAAUUCAUUCCUAGUAAAAAUUGUAGUCCUUAAAAAGUUAUGUGAAAUAAAAAAAAUUCAUGUCGUUUGGAUUUUGGAGCACAAAGUUAUGGUUGUCCAAAGUUUGACGAAAUCAGAAAAAAGCUCGUUCGUGGUAGCAAACGACAUUUUUUGGGACGAAAGCGGGACCAAACCACCUUCGACAGUCUUUGGCUUGCAAGAUCUCAAAAGGUUAUGCGGAAUAAAAAAAAAUUCGCGACGAUCGGAUACCCGAACACAAAGAUACGUUCGUUUGAAGUUUCCACCUAGGAUAGGAUUUAAAAAAAAAAAAGAGAGAGAGAGCAGACCGCAUGGUGGGGUGCGGUCUGCAACCAAACUACAUGGUGGGGGUGCGGUUUACAAAACCGCCCCCUACCAGUGCGGUUUUCUUCAAAAAAGGCGCUCCCGGGUGGCGGUUUUGCAAAAAGGGGGCUAUUUUUGGAAUUUUUCGGAGUUGGGUGCUAUUUUUGGAUUUUUUUUAAACAGAGCUACUUUUGGAAAAAUCCCUACUUUUCAGGUAAGUAGGGGUCGUUUGGAAGUUGCGAUUGUUAAAUAGAUGUAUUGUUGAAAAUGCAUGUAUAAUAUUAUACAUGUAUUGUCGAAUUUAAUGCAUUGUAGAAUACAACAUUUGGUAUGUGUGAUUGUGUAUGUUGCAUUAAGGGUGGCUAUACGGCCCGGUCUGGUUAAGUUGGCCGAAAUUGAUCCGGUCCAGUCCGGGGUUUUUUUUUAAUAUAUAAGGACCAAAGAUUGGAUUGGAUCCGGUCCGGUCUUGAUCCGGUCCGGUCUCAAUUAGGUCUUGAUUUUAUAUUGAGCUUGUGGGGAUUUGAGUGGCCUAAGGCCAGAAAGGGUGAGGAGUUGGUUAAGUUUUGUACUAAGUGCAAAGGUUUGUGACCGUUUAUGCAAAUUACCCUUAAGUUUUGGGUGUUGAUCUCUCUUAUCCGGUCUUUAUCCAGUUUUCGAUCCGGUCCCGAACGGUUUUUUACCUCAAAUCUAAACUCAAAGAUUGGAUUAGAUUGUUUACUAUCUGGUCCCGGUCCGGUCUCGAUCUGGGUUAUACGGUCCGGUUUCGGGUAAAACCAAAAAACCCGGACAAAAUAGCCAGCCCUAUGUCGCAUCAGCUAAAAGCUGAAACAAAACAAUCUCAACUCAACUAUCUCAACAAUGACAACUAAAAGUUGAGAUAUAACAAUCACUCAAAAUGAGUAAUAGUUUCUAUCACAUCAUAGAAACAAUCCAUGUAUUGUUUCUAUUAAAAAAAACAAAGAAACGAUGCAUUGUAAACAAUACAUGCAUAAUGACAAUUUCAACAAAACAAUCGCAACUUCCAAACGACUCAUUAUUUCAACAAAACAAUCGCAACUUCCAAACGACUCCGUAAUUUACGGUCAUGGCGAUAUAGGAGAUUUGACAUGUGGAGCUCAGGUGGCAAUUUUUUUGAGCCGGGAACGUUGCGGGAUACGGGACGGGGAUAAUAAUGUCAAUGUAUUGUUUCAAGACCGCCAUUGAAGGACAAAAAGAGUAGAGGAGAGAAGAUCCCACUCCCUUGCUCUCUCCCUCCGUUUGUUCUUUUUCUUCGCCGUCAGAGAAUAGGUACGGCCGGGCAAUGGAGGGCGCCGCCGGGCAUCGAGACAGUCCACCGUCGUCGCUUACAAUCCCUCUCAUUCUCUCCUCCGAAAACGACACUGAUAAGAAGCCCGAGCAUUUCGACGCCAAGGGUUACAGCAUCGCCAAUCACCACCACCACCACCAAAUACUACUCCACCACCACCACUACUCCGCCACUGAUGGCGGCCGCGAGGGCACCACCUCAUUCUUCAACACCUGCUUCAAUGGCCUCAACGCUUUGUCAGGUGUUGGGAUACUUUCAACCCCGUAUGCUCUAGCAUCGGGAGGAUGGUUGAGCUUGAUCUUGCUAAUGGUCAUCGCCGGUGCAACCUUCUACGCAGGUUUGCUAAUCAAAAGGUGCAUGGAGGAAGAUUCCAGCAUCAGAACUUAUCCCGACAUAGGAGACCGUGCAUUUGGCAGAAAAGGAAGGCUCGUGGUAUCGGUCUUCAUGAACGUAGAGCUAUACUUGGUUGCAACAGGAUUCCUGAUACUCGAAGGGGAUAACUUGGUGAACUUGUUUCCAGACAUGGCAAUAGAAAUUGCAGGGUUCCACCUAGGGGGCAGGCAAAGCUUCGUCAUACUUGUUGCACUCAUCAUUUUGCCUUCAGUUUGGCUCGACAACCUGAGCUUGCUCUCCUACGUCUCUGCGAGUGGAGUUUUGGCCUCUGCCAUCAUCCUUGCUUCGAUUUUCUGGACAGGAGCGUUCGAGGGAGUUGGGUUUCGCCAGACUGGUACGCCAUUGAACUUGGGUGGAAUCCCAACUGCGGUUAGCUUGUAUGCCUUCUGUUAUUGUGCUCAUCCCGUCUUCCCAACUCUCUACACUUCGAUGAAGAAUAAGCAACAGUUCUCCAAUGUCCUACUAUUGUGUUUCAUCCUCUGCACAUUCUGCUACGCGUCGAUGGCUGUUCUCGGGUACAUGAUGUUUGGACCGCAUGUCCAAUCCCAGAUAACAUUAGACCUUCCAACGAACAAGUUCAGCGCGAAGGUAGCAAUCUACACUACUUUGGUCAACCCAGUUGCCAAGUACGCUCUCAUGGUCACCCCCAUUGUGAACGUAGCCAAAAAGAGGUUCCGUGCCUACUGCAACAAGAGGCCAUUCAGCAUGUUCAUCAGCACUGCAUUCGUCAUCAGCACAGUAAUCGUAGCUCUAGCACUGCCUUUCUUCGGUGAACUCAUGUCUCUGGUUGGAGCGUUCUUGAGCGUCACUGCAUCAAUCAUACUUCCCUGUGGAUGUUACAUGAAGAUCUCCGGCAGCUACAGGAGGUUUUCGCUCGAAACAGUGCUGCUCUGGGGGGUAGUGGUGUUAGGCGUCAUCAUUGUUGUGUUUGGGACGUACACCUCUCUGUUGCAGAUAAUGCACCAGCUGUUUUAACUGGAGGGAGGGGGAGAGACGAUGGAGCAGAAAGAUCUAACAAGGAGAAACAGUGCCAAAGGUAAAAACUGUGUAUGUAAAUUCUCAAGUUUACAACUUGCUGAUGUUGAUGAUGAAAAGGUUCUUGUUUGUGAGGCUGGUGAGCCAGAGAGGUAGGGGAGAAAAGGCAGUGUUUGGAGCUGGACUUAAGUAGCUUUUUUGGGGUUCGAUUUGGAAGAGUCUCCACUUUAGUUUAGCUUUUGCAUGUCCCCACUGAAAGUUAAUGUAGAUCAGUUGUUUUCAAGCUCAGCUGAUGGUAUGGAAACUUGGAAAGGUCAUGAAUCCUCCUAACUUCGUUGACACAGAAAAGCUUUCCGAUUUGCUUCACUUUCCCCCUCCUUUACUCGUUUGGCCCUUUUUGCAUCACUGGGGUCAAACACGUUUACCAUCUUGAAUCAAUGGGGUCACUAACA